AUGCGGGCUCACCGGUCUCGUCCCAAUUCCUCCAAACCGUUGCAAGAGAAGCAACCGGUCGCUGGUUCUAGCAAGGCUCCGGGAUCCCCAAGGCGCAGCUUGCGGCUCCAAAGACAGAAUCCCACCAGUAGCGCAGAUAAUACUCAACUAUCAAGGCCGCCUGCUAUCGAGGAACACAAGUUAUUGCCUCCUACGGCGCCAUCACGAAACCCACACAUUGGCGGUGACGGCGACGGUGACGAACGCCAACCCAUACCGGCACGGCUGACCCGAAAGAAUUUGGCCCUGCUGAACAGGAUGGGCAAGAGGAAGCGUCCAACGACGUCAGGCUCUCGUGAAACGAUGUCCACGUCGUCAUCGGGAAGGAGCUCCUCCUCCAUGACGUCUGGUUUUGCUCUCCAAGCCUACAAGAACGGCAUACUUCAGCCGCUUUACUCCAAGCCUCCGACCAACCUCACAAGCAUUCGCAGCCGUGGGGCUGCAUCCCGUGAAACACCAUCGCCAACCGAGUCCAUGUACGAGGCCUUUGUCGACAGCGUUGAGGGGGCUGUCAACGAGGCAACGAUGGUGUUCGAGGUGGGCGGAAAGCUGCUGAAGGAGCACCCGAGAGGCUACAAAAGGGCCUUCAACAAGGCGUUCACGGGCUUUCCAAAAGAUGUCAGCUUCAACACUGGCCUGUCCGCACCGCAGCCCGACUUUGUUGAGGGUCUAAAGUUGCGCGAUUUCUUCCCUUUUCCGGUAGAUGAGCACGUCUGUGGCGCCGUUCUCUACAAGGAUGAUCCCAACUCUCUGGCACUUCCACACCUGGCGGGGGAAUGGAAAGGGAAUGGAAGGGAUAUGAAAACAGCAACAUUGCAGAGUGCGUACGACGGCGCUGCCCUCGUCUACGCGAGAAAUCAGGCACUGUCCUGGCUUGGAAAUCCUGAUCCCCCAGGACAUGCUGAGGUGACGACAUUCACCACGGAUGGCACCAGCCUCAAUCUCUAUGCGCACUAUGCUGCUAAAGCGGAGGAUGGCACAAUUGAGUAUCACCAAUACCGCAUCAAGUCUGUAGAUCUGGUGGACUCGUCACAGGGACUGAAAGAUGGCCGGAAAUGGCUUAGAAACGAGCAGGAUCAUGCGAGGGAACGGGCACAUGCACUCCGGGAUCAGUUGAAAGAGCACUGGCAACACCCUCCGAGAGACGAAUGCAAGACUGAGGAGACUGGGCAGACUGAGCAGACCGACCGAGGCUAG